UUUGUGUCUUAUUCUGCUGAAACUACUGAAAAAAAAGAAAGAAAGAAAUAGCAAGCCAAAAUAGGGGGGAAAAUGCCAAAACAAAAAUUUGAUUUAAAAACCGAUUCACAAUUAGAUCAAGAAGAAACAAUUGAAUUAAUUGAUGGUGAAGAUUCAAAUCUUAAACAAACAUCAUCAACAAAACGAACAUCAAAAAAACGUAAAACAAAUAUUUUGAAAAGUAUAUUGAAAACAUCGAAAUCAAGAUUAGGUGGUAGAUCGAUAAUAAAAUUACCAAGACCAUCAUCAUUGACAAGAAGAAAAUCAUCGAUAAUAACAUCGGCAAAUACAAAGAAAAAAAAUACAAAUACACCAAAAUCAAUGUCAAAAUGUUCAACACAACAAUCACCACAAAAUAGACGAUCAUCAAAAUGUAAACGAAAAAAUGUUAAACGUAAUCUACGUAAUGUAAAAUCAAGAGAUUUAACACAUUUACAUUUGCUAGUUGAAUCAAAUUUUCGACCAAAAACCGAUGUAGUAUAUUCAUCAUUAAUAUUUCGUCAUAUUCCAUUUAAUUGGAUUAAUGAAGAAGAUAAUGAUGGUUGUGUUGAUACGAUUAAAUUUAAUGAAUCAGAUUUAGAAGAUUCACUUGUUUCAUAUGAUAAUUGUUCACCAACAGUAUCGGCUAAAUCAAGUCGAUCAAUCGAUAAUAAUAAUAAUAAUAAUGAUGAUUCAUUAGAAUUUAUUACAUUAGAAUCGAUACAAAAUGAAUUUAACAAUGUAUAUCGUAAUGAUAUUUUCAAUGCUAAUUUCAAACCAAAUAAUAACAAAAAUUAUUCGGAU